UAAUCUAGCCUGUGCAUUUCCAACUAUUUUAGUAAACUGUGUAGUGUGUUCUGUAAUCUGUUAUCUGUAAAUUGUAAUUCGUUUACUAUUUAGUUAAUUUAGUCAAGAGGGAAAUAAAUAAAUCCUAUUUCGUAAAAUAAAUAUUAACUAUCCACACAAAAAUCAACUAAUAAUACUGAUUUAUAUAUUUCAUUAAUAUUAUAUCUAUAACGUGUGAUGUGUCGUUCAUAUAUAUUAGCAUUUAUCUAGUUAAAUAGAAUUAUGUGUUUAUUGCUUGUUCCGUAAACAAAAUCUAGUUUAGGUAGAUCGCCUUCACCUUAUUGCCUCAGUUUACAGACUUUAUUUUUAUUUGAAUAAUGGGUGAACCGGAGACGGGAUAUGGAUCAGCUCUGACGCUAGAUUCUAUGAAAGUUAUUGCCGAAAGUAUUGGUGUUGCAAAUCUUGGUGAAGAUGCCGCAAAGGAGUUAGCUGACGAUGUUACAUUUAGGUUAAAAGUGAUUGUUCAAGACGCUAUGAAGUUCAUGAACCAUUCUAAACGACAAAAACUUUCCAUUACCGAUAUUGACCAUAGCCUUAAAAUAAAGAAUGUUGAGCCACAGUAUGGUUUUAUUCAACCCGAUUUUCUUCCAUUUCGUUUUGCCUCUGGUGGUGGGAGAGAACUUCACUUCAUUGAAGAAAAAGAAAUUGAUCUAUCAGAAAUACUGUCAGCACCACCUCCAAAAAUUCCCCUUGAUGUAUCCCUUAGAGCUCAUUGGCUAAGUGUGGAUGGUGUUCAACCAACAGUUCCAGAGAAUCCACCACCAUUGUCAAAAGAAGCUCAAAAGUUGGAGUCUGUUGAUCCUAUUACAAAAUUGAGCAAACCUGCUAACAAAGAUUCCGCAGGAAAACCAGCAUGUGGUAAAGCAGCAAGAUUGAAGGCAUCUGAGUCUGUUCAUGUGAAGCAGCUAGCAACACAUGAGUUGAGUGUUGAACAACAAUUGUAUUAUAAGGAGAUAACGGAAGCUUGUGUUGGUAGUGAUGAAGGACGGAGAGCAGAAGCCCUUCAAUCAUUGGCGUGUGACCCAGGCCUUCAUGAAAUGCUACCACGGAUGUGUACAUUUAUAUCUGAGGGUGUGAAAGUUAAUGUUGUACAAAAUAAUCUUGCGUUGCUCAUAUAUUUGAUGAGAAUGGUGAAGGCAUUGCUCGACAAUCAGUCUUUGUAUCUGGAGAAAUAUUUACACGAGCUAAUACCGUCAGUAUCUACGUGUAUUGUAUCCAGACAGUUAUGUUUGAGACCGGAAGUGGAUAACCACUGGGCCCUGAGGGAUUUCGCCGCGCGUCUCAUGGCCCAAAUAUGCAAAACAUUCAAUACAUCGACAAAUAACUUACAAACAAGGGUUACAAGAUUAUUCUCAAGGGCAUUACAGUGCCCGUCACAAACGAAUAGCGAAUCUGGGCCAUCUAUGGUCACGACUAUGAAGGAGUCGGAGAAGACACCGCUCGCUUCGCUCUACGGCGCCGUUCAGGGGCUGGCCGAACUUGGCCCGGAAGUUGUAAAGGUUUUCAUACUACCCCGAGUUCGUUGGUUGGGCGAGCGUGUCGAAGGCGCUUUGAGUGGUAUAGGCGGCGCUGACCGUCUCGCUGCGGGCAAUCUCAAACAUCAACUGCUCAAGGUCCUGGCACCAGUUGUAAGACAGCUACGCCAGCCACCAGACCUGCCCGAUGAUUACAAACGCGAAUAUGGCUACCUAGGCCCCAGUCUCCAGCAAAUGGUUAGUAAGCUUCGUCUGUCGCCGUCCACCACCGGUGGCGGCGGCGCCGUCGCUGUGGUCACUUGUACGCCACCUCUGGUGCCCUCAACGUCCUUGCCGACGCCAUCACCCCAACAUCAGUUGCUGACCAAAUCCAUGGAUUCGGGAACUCGAAGUAUAAUCAAUGCACCACAGUCGCCAGCAUCAUCCACGCCACCGCCCCAGAAGUUUGUCAUUGUCUCCCAGCAGAAAUCUCAGACGCAGCAAGCGAGCGGUGCCUCUCACAUUGUAGUCCACAGCUCUCAACCUACUAUAGUUCGGAGCCAAAAUGUUCAGUCGAUGGUGGUGACAAGUGGUCCAGCCAACCCGCAGCCCCAAAAAGUGGUAGUCGUGGGGAUGCAGCCACAACAAACCCAGGGGGGAGUCAGCCAGGCGCCAGUGUCAGUGGUAGCCAAGCCAGUGUUCGCCAGGGCCCCCGGGGCCCCGCAGCCGCCACCGGAGUUAGAUGACCUGUCACACCUCGCUUGACAGCCACGAGUCGUCACUAUUAUCAAACAGUUUAAGAAAAAAUAAAUAAUAUAUUACAUAAGUAACAACGUUCAACCUUGUGCUGUUGACAUAAGGUUGAAUGUCACAUGUCACAUGACAUAAUAUGUCAAAUGUCAUCGCAAUGCACACAGUUUUGUUAAGGUUCAAAAGUUUAAUGUUUUUUUUAUAUGUGAAACUGGUAUGGCAUAGAUAAUAUAUGAAGAGAGGUUGAGUCUUCUUUCUAGGUCACCAUUUCUCUGUGAAAAAUGAUGGAAUUUGUUGACUAUAAGGGAUUCAGAGUUGGGCCUUUCACAGACUGCUUUGUGUCAAUGUCAAAUACGUAUUUGAUGUGGAUAUAUUAUGGGAGUAUGACGCUAAUUAAAUCGUAGUAUAUUUGGGGCGACAAUCUGGGCUACCAUUAGAAAAUAUUAAUUUAAGUAUUAAGUGAUUUUUUAUUAUAUAAUAUGAAAUUCGUGAAAGUUAGGCAUAAGGAUUUAAUUGUAAUAUGUAUAGCAAUUGUGAUUUGUUUAACUUUUCCAAACCUGCCGAAUAUAAAUUUAUAAUUUAACUGAGUUGAGUGAUUUAAACCCCUUUAAAUGUAUGGUACAUUAAAUGAUUUCAUUUUUGACGCAAACUAAACAUGUGUCAAAUGUCAAGUUCAAUUGUUAUAAUUUGAUUACAAUGUCAACUUGUCAAACUCGUAUCUUACCGUUCUACGUAUA